UCGGGAGGAGUGUAAGGACAGCUCUACAGCAGCUCAGUGGCAGCCGACCUUCAGCCAAGCUUUCUCUGAGCACCAUGAGCAAAUCCUCCCCCAACACUGUCCAGAAAGACUUAUAAAAGUCUAUUGGGAGACUGUCAAUGCCAGGAGCCUUCCCAGCCUCCAUGCCCUGAAGGACCUUGUAAAACUCAUCCAGGCUCAAAGCCCUACUGAGAAAAAAUUAAAGAAAAAUUUAGUUGGAGCAUCCAUUUGGUCAAUAUUCUGAAACCGGGACUGAACCAGAGCUCCUUGCACCUUUACUCCUAAAAGAUCACUAAGCUGAGUUUUUUUCAAUGACAGACCCUCCAAAACAUUAUUCCCCUCAGCUGAAUCAGCUAACUCUUGAAGUUUGACUAUGGAUGUCUCCAAAGUUUUCAUUGAUCUUGAUAACUGUGCUGUGACGUUUCGAGCGUACUGUUUACAGAAUUGUUUAAUUUGCACCUUGCCAAAAUCCCACCACUGUCUUAAAUUUUGGAAAGAGUUCUUUGUAGCUCUAAAAGUUUCCCAAAAAUACUUAAAAGUUUCCUUAAUAUUUUUUUAUCAUUAAGCAGAGUACUAUUAAAAUGCCAGUAAGCACUACUUGGUUUAAUUGAAUUUAAAAUAAAAGAACAGCACACCAUACUGUGAUCAGAAAAACUAACAGGGACAAUAAAACACUUGCUAAAAAUACCACAGUGAUGUUUAAAACCGUAAAACCUAUCCAACCUAGCCAAAGAUAGUGCAUUGUCACGAGUAUGAGACCAAGUAUAUUGUCUUAGAUUGCCAUUAAAAUGUCUCCAUAUCACACAGCUCAUGUGUUUUAAUGACUUGUAUAAGUCUCUUACGGGAGGGUUCAUGGGGUUCAGUGUGAUUUUGAUCAAGAUUUUUCUCUGUACAAUUAAAAUCACCCCCCAGAAACAAAAACUCUUCACCAUUACAAUUAUGUAAAGUUGAAUUAAGGGUACUUAAAAACAACAUUCUUUCAACUCCUGAGGUAGGAACAUAAAUACAACUAAAAACUAAAACAUGAUUUUCAAAAAGAGCUUUAACCUUUAAAAGUCUGCCCUUUAUAAUAUCUUCAACAUCAUAGGAAACUGGCUUAAAACUUUUCAAAAAUAAGAUGGCAACACCUCCACUAACAGCAGUAUUGUGACUUAAAAUAGAGAUACAGUCCCAUUCCCUUGACCAAUCUGCAGCAUUCUUUAAAUCGCUGUGAGUUUCUUGAAGAAAAACAUCUAGUAUUUUCUGCUUAAAAAAUUCAUAUAGCAUAACUCAUUUUCUCACAUCUCUAGCUCCAUUCACAUUCACUGCAGCAACACUAACUUCACCCAUAAGAGGUAAGAGAAAAAACAGUACAAGCAAGCCACUGAAUAUUAUCAAAUUAACUCUUUUCUCUACCAUCAUUGCUUAUUUCAAUAUUGAGUUUUCUCACCAACUUCUUUAACCUAUAUACUUCCUUAUUGGUAAAGAAGCCUUCAGCCAUCAAACCCCUUGUCUUUUCAAUAAAUUGUUUAAUGUCAGGAAAAUAUUAAUUUACUCGUACACCUCUUCUGUUUUUCGUUGAUUUAAGAAAUAGUUUAAUAUCAUCCACAUCAUAACUAAGACUCACACAUUCACUCUGUGAAAGAGAGACGCUGGAAUCUAAUUAACUGUCGCUCUCUGAGUCACCCUGGUCUUCUUCACAUUCAACUAUGUCUGUUUUCUUUGCAAGUCUCGAAUCACAAGUAUUAUCUCUCUUCUUUCGCUUAAAGGUAUUUUAAACUUUGUCUGUUCUGCAUCCAUGAAAAUGGCAUCAUUCUCAAAUACUUCAGCAGAACCCGCGGGCAUUGCAUCAUCUGUCAUUUUGUUAAACGUCUCUGUUUCGAUGAUCUCAGAUUGGGCCUGAAUAACCCCUUGCAGCUCGGCCGCAACCAGCUCAGGUUCAGCGCACCCGGCUGCAAUCUGCUCAAUCUCAGUCCGAUCCUCUUCGGCCUGUUCUACCAUGUUCACGUCCAGCUCUGCACGGACUACCAGAGGUUGAUUGGUCGUGGGUAAAUCAGUUUCAGCAUUCAAAUUUUGCUCAGUUACUGGCGUUUCUUUUUUCUCAAGGCAAUCACGGACUAAAUGUCCCACUUUACCGCAACCAAAACACUUCAUUUUUCCAGUUGUUGCAAAUACAACAGAGUCAAAAUCAUCUAUACAGAAUUUGAAUGUAAGAUCCAGUUCAGCGUCAUCUUUUACGAUCAUAUAGACAAAGCGUCUAAAGAAACAACAUGUUUUAACAACUGAGAAUCACAUCCAAUCGAGAUCUUUUUAAUUGGAGAAACCAACUGUGGCGAGGGGGGCGUGGUUCAGCGAAGUCUGCAGCUGGAGAGAGAGUCGGGAGACGCAUGGUGAGUGAGUGGGUUAAACGAAAAAUAACGAACACCUGUCUCUUGUUUCAGUAAUUGGUGUGGAGACAGGAUAAAACGCCAGGAGAAGCAGAAGUGAUUGAGAGAGAGAAGGUCUGCUGACUGAGAGAGCCUGAAGCCGUUUUGGAACGUUUGCACUGGAGUGAAAGUUAUUUUUGUGACAUUGUUGCUGUUCUAUGUGCUGAUGCACAGACUUCUGUUGGAGAUUGAAUAUUCUGAAUAAAGUCUCAGUCAGCAGUCAAAGCCGACCCUGUCCUCUUCCUUACCUAAGAACUUUGAAUUUCGUUACACUGGUGCCGAAACCCGGGAAGGAAGAAGGGAGCCACUGCCAUGCAAUUGACCUCCCCCACGCCGUUUGCGGACAUUAUCUCAUCCCUCGCAGUCUUACAUCAAGACCAACAUCAAGCCCUGCUGGACUUAAGAACGGAUCAGGAACGCCGCUUCCAGGCCAUCCUCCAAGCCCAGCAGGAGGACCGCGGGAGGUUCCGGAGCUGGAUCGACCGGGAGGUUCGUAUGGAAGCCACCGGACAGCACGCUGCACCCACCCACCUGCCAUUAAAUAAAAUGGGACCACACGACGACCCGGAAGCACCCCAGCGGGUUGGCUGGACCCCAGAGCAACACUGUCAACGUUUCCGCUCCCUGGAACUGGGUGAGUCUGGUCGGCCCUUCGUGAUGGCCCAACAGCUCCGGGACUCCUGCCGCAAAUGGCUACUGGCUGAGGGAGGCGACGUGGAGCAAGUCAUCGAUCGGGUGGUACUGGAGAAAUUGAUCAGUCGGCUCCCGAAGAAAACGGCCGAGUGGGUCCAGUGCCACUGUCCCACGUCGCUGGACUCAGCCAUCCACUUCACGGAGGACCACGUGGUGGCGUGCCCGGGGGUCGGCGAACCUCUACCAUCUAUCUUUCUCUCUCCCUCUCUUCCCCCUUCCUCUCUCUUUAGACCUAUCCCUCUACCCAGGUCCCGUCUGCCCGGCCCUCCUUGUGUCCCUCCCCGGGGCCGGGCGGGACUGACCAGGGUCACUUCACCGGUCCGAGAGCUGACUGCUGCCAGGCCGGACCCGGCUCCUGCUUCUCCCCUCUCUCCACGCUAACCGUUUACCCCACUCUCUGCCACGAGAGUGGCGGGCAGGUCUGGGCCGGCCUCUUGGCUUUGCGGGGACCUGGAGCAUUUUGUGGAUAGGUGUCCAGUGAUGGAGGUUGGGACAAUGAUCCGGAUCCCGGACGACCCGCAGGCUGCCCCUGGUCAAGCUGGCUGAUACCAAAUACUUACUAUGAGGUGGAUGAGGAUGAAGAGGAAAUGAUCAAACCGGAUCAACUUUAGGGGACAUGGUGAUGUAAACUAUAGUAUCAGUGCCACAAAUGCUAUCAGCAGCCUUUGACUACAGAAAGAGAUCUUCAGACCAGACUCGACAAAGAAACAUGUCAGAAAUCCUCCUAGGUUACAAUGUAAGUCAGUUAUGUUCCAUAAUGUGUAAACUGUUCACCAUUGCUUCAACUAUAUACAUUACAUUUAAAGUAUUUAUGGUGCUUUAUAAGUAAUACAAAUAAAUUAAGUAUUUUGUUUUACACCUCAGGAGUUUCUUAGGGCCAGCUGUUUUAAUUCAACUUUCAGGUAUCCUUUCCUUUUAUC